AUGCAUCUAGCUUUACCGUCGAGGAAAUCCUCGAAUCCACCGCAGUAUGCGCCGCGGUCGCCGCGGUUUCCGACGAUCAGGAGAAGUAGGAUCCAGGCGAUGGUGAUUGGGAGUUUGGUGGUGGGCUCGAUACUAUGGUUGCUUUCGAGGCUGGUCGGGGGUGGGGAUGGGAUUCCAUCGGGGGUGCCGCCGGUGGUUAUUGUCACGGUGGUGGAUGAGGUUAAUUAUAGUAAGGAGUAUAUCAAGAUGAUUAAGGAGAACAGGAUAGGGUAUGCGAAGAAACAUGGUUAUGCCACUUUUUUCCCAACGAAUAAAGACUAUGAUCUAGGAGGAUCACCGACUUCGUGGGCGCGAGUUCCAGCGACGAGACACGCGUUGUCAAAGUUUCCAUAUAGUUCCUAUGUGUGGUACCUCGACCAAAACUCCCUCAUCAUGAACCCCGAACUCAAAGUCGAGACGCAUAUUAUGGACAAAAAGCGAAUUGAGAGCUUGAUGAUCAAGGACCAGCCAAUUGUGCCUCCGGAUAGUGUCAUCAAGACAUGGCCACAUCUGAAAGGGGAGAAUGUCGAGUUCGUCCUCACGCAGGAUAAGGAUGGUUUGGCGCAGGGAAGUUUUAUUCUGAAGAGGGGAGAUUGGAGCAAGUUCUUCUUGGAUACGUGGUUUGAUCCAUUGUAUCGGUCAUACAACUUUCAGAAAGCAGAUACUCAUGCCUUGGAACAUAUUGUCCAAUGGCAUCCAACGAUCCUGUCAAAACUCGUCAUUAUACCACAACGAAUUAUAAAUGCGUACGAACCAGAUCAUUAUACCCAGACAGAAGGAAAAUACAAGGACGGAGAUUUCGUAGUCCGAUUUGCAAACUGCGAAACCGUUGGACGAGAUUGUAUUCAGGAGGCCCAAAAAUACUCAAAGCAAUGGCGAACGAUAUUCAAUUCAAGAUGA